AUGCUACCACUGACGUUGCUCAAUGCAGCACACGAUGGCCCAAUCCUGGUCGAGCUGAAAAAUAGCGAGACUUUCAACGGCCACCUGGUCGCUUGCGACAACUAUAUGAACAUUACGAUGCGCGACGUGUUCCAAACAAGCUCAAGCGGCGAGCAAUUUUGGAAAAUGCCAGAGGUGUAUAUCAAAGGGAGCACGGUAUGUACGUUGUUUCGCGCUCAUGAGUGUCCCAGAUCAAGUAUUGUCGUGUGGCACAUGAACUGA